CUGGAGCCUGGCAGGUCAGAAGGAGCGCACCUGCUGAGCAGCCAAGUCUGUGAGGAAGGGGGAGCUCUCUGCCACAGGCCACAGGGAAGCGGAGCUCAGCCUGCAGUUGCUCCACAGGGCCUGUGGAUAGGAUGGCCAUGGGGUCCUGCCCUGAAGAGCAGUACUGGGACCCUCUGGUGCGAACCUGCAUCUCCUGCAAACCGACCUGCAGCCAUCGGAACCAGCACACCUGUACAGCCUUCUGCAAGUCACUCUGCCACAAGGAGCAAGGCAAGUACUACGACCUUCUCCUGAGGGACUGCAUCAGCUGCAUCUCCAUCUGUGGGCAGCACCCCAAGCAGUGCUCAUACUUCUGUGAGGGCAAGCUCAGGGGCAGAGUGAACCUCCUGCCAGAGCUCAGGAGACAGCAGAGUGAGGAGGCUGAAACCAGCUCAGACAUCUCAAGAAGGUACCAGGGAUCAGAGCACAGAGGCUCAAAGGCAGGUCCAGCUGCCCCGGGCCCCCUGCCAAGCGCGGAGCAGCUGGCACUGGUCUACAGCGCGCUGGGACUCUGCUUGUGCGCGCUCCUCUGCUGCGUCCUGGUAGUCGCCGCCCGCGUCCUCCGGCGGAGGGGCGAGAGGGCUUCUUGCCAGCCCCCCGCAGGGCCCUGUGCGGUCCCCGCCAUGUCUUCCCAGGGUCCCUCGAAGGAAGCAGACAGCCCCGGGGGCGCGCUGCCUGAGCCCGUGGAGACGUGCAGCUUCUGUUUCCCCGAGCGCAGAACGCCCACCCAGGAGAGCGCGGGCGCACCCGGGACCCCUGGCUUCUCUGAGAAGGGGACGCCCCACGCUGGGACCCCGACCCUGCAGCCCUGCGCGCGCGCCCCGGAUGGCUGCCUCGGCACUGCGUGCGCGCCAGCGCUGGAUGGGGUCCUGGGCGCGUGGUCGGUGGGGUAGAGGAGGGAAGAGAGAUGAGAGAGGCGGAGA